UCUAUAUCUACCUCCAUUCCCGCACCGGCAAAAGCUUCCUCCUCGCCCCAUGGGCACCGCCCCCUCCUUCCCCUCCUCCUUCCCCCGCCGCAAGCCGUCCUCCUCCUCCUCCGCCGCCUCCAGCCUUGUUCCGCUGCUGCUUGAUUGGAGAGUUCUGAGCCAUGCUGCCUUCUCGCGCGCCACGUGCUCGACGGAAUUCCUCGGCUGUGCAGGAGUCAAGAAACGCUAGAAUUAGGCGCCUCCUGGGGUCCCUUUUAGUUCCCAUCUAACGAAUCGUAGGCUUCCGGUCUGGUGUGUCUGUCCUGUGUGAUUUGUGGGUGUGCAGAGUGUCCAUAGAAAUCAAGAACUGCCCACUCUGGGUUUCCAGUAGCCCCUUUUUAGCGGUUCUGGUGCUUUUAUGGGAGUGCCCGUCGCGCAGAAGUCCGAUUCUUGGACUGCUGAGCUCGCGAUGGCGGACUGCGGCGGCCUCGGCGUCCGGCCUAUUAACGGAGGCCGAGGGGGUGCCGUGGAGCAGCGCGAAUCCGGCGAGAAAGGGCCUCCGGUGUCCCCACCGGAGCGGGUCUUUACGCCGCCUGCGCCGAGGAUGGCUGCGUGGCGGCGCAUGUCGUCGCCUGGUCCUCUCCGGUGCUCGACGCCAAGGAGCGUUGGGUAUGAAGAUGGUGAGGACUCGGACCGGUAUUUCUCCCCGCAGAGUGAGUUUUCCCAAGACACUUCUGAUACGGAUUCAGUGAGCACAAGUAUCAGUAGGUUGUACACCUUCCGGUUUGGGACUUCGAGCCCUUUAGAUAGUCCUAUCAAACAAUUGGGAGUAGGAUACACAAGUCCUCCUUCCAGGAGGGGCGCCCAUUCUCCUAGCUAUCCUUGGAAUUCUGGCCGUGUAUCAGAUGAUGUGGAUUCUAGCUUUAUCAAUUCACCCCCUCGCGAUGAUGAGCAGAAUAAGGAUGUUGUACAACCAGUUGAUUUUGAGAGUAGACAUAUCUGGUAUCCUCCACCACCCCAGGAUGAGGGUGAUGAUCUUGAAAAUGGUUUUUUAAAAUAUGACGAUGAUGAUGACAAUGAUGUUUCUGAUGGGAAGGUCUUUGGAGAUGUUAACCAUGAUUAUGGCGAUGGUGAUGAUGAUGAUUUAUUGGGGACCAAGGGAAAACAUAAUAUAGCUCAUAAAGAGUUCCUGAGGAGUGCUUUACACGGGCAUUUCAAGGCUCUUGUGUCCCAGUUGCUCCAAGGACAUGGAAUUGAUCCUGUGGAUGGCUGGUCAGACAUAGUGGCCUCACUAGCAUGGCAGGCAGCAACCUUUGUUCGGCCAGAUACGAGCAAAGGUGGUAGCAUGGAUCCCACAGACUAUGUCAAAAUCAAAUGUGUAGCAUCAGGAAAUCCAAAUGAUAGUGCUUUCAUUAAAGGUGUUGUUUGUUCCAAGAAUGUAAAACAUAAACGUAUGGUGUCAAAGCAUGAGAACCCUAGGUUGCUUCUUUUGGGAGGAGCAUUGGAACACCAGAAAGUUACAAACAAACUGGCGUCGAUAAACAGCAUUCUUGAACAGGAAAAGGAGUAUCUUAAGAAUGCUGUUGCUAAGAUAGAAGCCCAACACCCUCAUGUCUUGCUAGUGGAGAAAAGUAUACCGUUGGAUGCUCAACAGCUUCUUGCAAAAGAUAUCUCUUUAGUAUUGAAUGUAAAGAGAUCACUCCUGGAAAGAAUAUCACGCUGCACGGGUGCUCAAAUUGCGUCAUCCAUUGAAAAUGUUACUUCUACAAUGGUCGGACAUUGCCAAACAUUCUGGAUUGAGAGAGUCACAGAAUGUUCGUCACCAAGGAUGUCAAACAAAAAAACAGUCAAGACACUGAUGUUUUUUGAUGGUUGCCCAAGACGCUUAGGGUGCACGAUUGUUCUAAGAGGCAAAUCCUACGAAGAGUUAAAGAAGGUCAAACUUGCUGUACAGUUUGCUUUAUUUGCAGCAUACCACUUGUCACUUGAAACCUCAUAUCUUGCUGAUGAGGGUGCAACACUUCCAAAAGUCCCUUCAGAUCUUCAACUUGACAAGCAGAUUUUUUCCUCAAGUCAUUCUCAGCAGAAUUUGAAUGAAUUUCAAACCAUUGAUGAGAGAACUUCUGGAAAUGGGUGCAUCAUGCCUUGCUUUGAUGGUUCUUCUGCAAGUCAAUCCCAUUUAAGAACUGACUUAAUUCACAAGGAAUAUGUAGAACCUCAUUCAAGAGCUGACUUAAGUCAGGAAGAUUAUAAUGGUGGAACCAUUGAUGUGUACCCUUAUUCCACAAAAGCUUCAAUGCAUGACGGCUGCAUACCACCUGUUGGUCAAAUGUUAAAGGUUGAAAGUGACUUGGAUAAUGGUUGGAAUCAUAUAUCAGAUGAAGACCGUGUAGCAAUACGUGAUCAUAAUGAAAAUCACUUCGCAACAUCUGACAACCCACAGAGCAUUUUGGUUUCCUUGUCAAUUGCGUGCCCUCUGAGAGGAAUUGUAUGCAAGCAAUCUCAGCUCUUUCGCAUAAAGUUCUAUGGUACCUUUGAUAAGCCACUUGGAAGAUAUUUCCGUGAAGACUUAUUUGUUCAGACUUCAUGCUGUGAAUCUUGCAAGGAGCCUGCGGAAUCUCAUGUGCGAUGUUAUACUCAUCAACAAGGCAGUCUCACAAUCAGUGUCAGAACUCUUUCAUCUGUCAAGUUACCUGGGGAGCAUGAUGGGAAGGUAUGGAUGUGGCAUCGGUGUCUCAGAUGCAAACCAAAAGAUGGAGUCCCUCCGGCCACGCAUAGGGUGAUCAUGUCAGAUGCAGCACGUGGAUUAUCUUUUGGAAAAUUUCUGGAACUUAGCUUUUCAAAUCACACGACAGCCAAUCGAAUUGCCUCCUGUGGACACUCCCUCCAGAGGGACUGUCUUCGUUUUUAUGGGCUUGGAAGCAUGGUUGCUGUAUUCCGUUAUUCACCAGUAGAUAUUCUUUCUGUCAACUUACCACCCUCUGUACUGGACUUUGCUUAUCCAACAACUCAAGAUUGGGUCAUCAAAGAGGCUGCUGAUGUAGCCUCUAGGAAGGAGCACCUUUAUAGGGAAAUCGUGGCUAAACUUGACUGCAUUGAACAGAUAAUUAAAGCACAGAAUGUUACCAUGAAGCCAGGCUUGUAUAAUCAUGUUGCUGAUCUUAAGGUGUUAGUUAAAGUUGAGUGGAAGAAGUAUGAUGUUUUAUCGGGAUUUUCCAACAUGGAUAACUUGCAGAAAUUUGGACCGACUGUGGAUGUUCUAGAGCUCAAUCGUUUGAGGCGAGAGCUUGUACUUGAUAUUCACAUAUGGGACCGCAGACUGUACAUGAUGCAUUCCCUCACUAAAGAGAACUGUCAUACUGUGCCGACUGAUGCACAAUGUUCUGAUAAGCUUACUGAAAACUUAUUAGAAGAACCAAAGGAUGUGAUAUCCUGUAAACAUGGGACUAUCAAGAAUUCUCUAGAACAGACUCAACCAGGUACAUUGGAACUGGUCACAGAUUCAGCAAAACCAUUCCCCACAAGGGAACAAAACAACACUAAUGGGUCACAUUUUGGAUUGAAAACCAACAUUGCAGCUGAUGUAUCUCUGCAUUCUGGCUCAGUUAGUAUCAGCUCUGUCCUUGGCCCAAGUGAAAUACAUAGUGAAGGAGUGCUGGGUGAUGAACUUAAAGCUGAAAAGAUGUUGCAGAAGUCACAAUCUUCUGCCUCCAAUCUUUCUGACAGAAUCGACUUAGCAUGGACUGGAUCUGGUCAGUUUGUCGACGAUCCAUCACAAUGUAGCAUAGAGACAGUUUCAGUCAGACCUGCUGCCCUGAAGGAUGAUCCUGCAUACCAGAAGGUUAUAGCACCAAUUAGAAUCAAAUCAUUCGAUUCUGCUGUCAGUUCCAGAAAUAGGUUAUUGCCUGUUGAUGAUUCAAAUGCUAACAUAAGAAGAUCUUAUUCUCAAAGGCCCUCAAAGGCUAUUGAGAGAACUGGCAGGGCUCAGUCUCCAACGUUCAUGAACAACCUGUCACUUUCUGGUAUGGUGGUUGGUGAGGGUCGGUUGCUACUGUCUCAAAAUGAUUCAGAUGUCGUCGUUCCAAUUUAUGAUGAUGAGCCAUCUAGCAUGAUAGCCCAUGCCAUGACUGUUCCAGAAUAUCGCAGGUUCUUGUUGCCACUGAUGGAUGAGAAUAAUGAAUUGGGCGUAUUGAAUUAUAUGGCACCUAAGUCUUCUAGGAGCUCUUUAGAUGGAUCAAUGCGGAGCUAUGGUUCUGAUCAGGCUCAAGGUGUAACUGGAAAUGAUUCUAAGGAUAACCAUUUGACAGUUUCUUUUGAGGACGAAGACUCAUAUUCUGUUGAUAAGGCAAAAUUUUCUGUGACAUUUUAUUUUGCAAAGCAGUUUGAUGCAAUCAGAAGAAAGUGCUGUCCAGAUGAGUUAGACUAUAUCCGCUCUUUAAGCCGCUGCAAGAGAUGGAGUGCUCAAGGUGGCAAGAGUAAUGUCUACUUUGCCAAAACACUAGAUGACAGAUUUGUUAUAAAACAAGUGACUCGGACAGAAUUAGACUCAUUUGAGGAUUAUGCAGUUGAGUACUUCAAAUAUUUAACAGAAUCUGUAUCUUCUGGAAGCCCAACUUGCCUCACUAAAAUCCUUGGUCUUUACCAGAUCAUUGCCAAGAAUUUGAGAGAUGGAAAGGAGCUGAAGAUGGAUAUAAUGGUCAUGGAAAACCUAUUUUUCAAGAGGAAGGUAUCAAGAAUAUAUGACUUAAAAGGCUCCUUGCGUUCCCGAUACAAUCCUGAUACAUCAGGGAACAACAAGGUUCUCUUAGAUCUGAAUCUGUUAGAGACACUUCACACGAAGCCCAUUUUUCUUGGAAGCAAAGCAAAGCGAAGGCUGGAACGAGCAGUCUGGAAUGAUACGUCUUUUCUGGCAUCGGUGGAUGUGAUGGACUACUCUCUUCUAGUUGGCAUUGAUGAAGAAAGGAAAGAGCUUGUGAUGGGGAUCAUCGACUAUCUUCGGCAAUACACUUGGGACAAACAACUAGAGACUUGGGUGAAGGCAUCAGGUUUCUUGGGUGGCUCCAAAGAUGUUCUGCCAACGAUCAUAUCCCCAGAUCAGUACAAGAAGAGAUUCAGGAAGGCCAUGUCGAAGUACUUCUUGACUCUCCCUGACCAAUGGUCACCGUGACACCUCAGAUGCAUUCAGGCAAUUCAAGCACGAUGGGGACAACACUUUGGUUUCUUUUCCUUUUUUUCCCUUUUGUUUCUGUUAGAAUUAGAACUAUCGAUGCAUCUGUGCCUCUUGUAUGUUAUUUUUGUCCACAACAGGCAGGAUGAACUCUGUAGAGGAUUGUGGCAAUUGCUGUCCAUCCUGGCAGAGGUUAGGAGUCAAUACGUGUACAUACCCUACAUUGUAACAUGAAAUGCAAAGAAAUGAAAAAAAAGAAACACGCGAUGGAAGUUCCUUAAUAGCGCUA